CAUCGGUUCAAGCAGCUCAGCGCCUCGACAUGCGGCUUCACUUGCCCGACAGUACUAACGAAGGAGGACGAAGACCUGCGACAACAAGCACUGCGUAUUACUACGCAUGGCACUGUCUGGUAUAGUAACAGUCGGCCCAUCGGGAUAUUCUUCGACUUUUCAGUCAUACAUACUCUUAGCCGAUACCCAGGAAUCAACGACCUGUCUGGAACCGGUACAGCCCGUCCCUGGGGAUCUUCAGCUCAUCCUUUCCACUGUUCGCAUCCUUUAAUAACUUCUCCCGCUCUACGAUUCUCUCGCCAUUCCACAAACUGCAAAAGAUCGCGGUAUAUCGCUUUCCUUUCAACAGCUCAUUGCGCAAUUCAUGUUCAGAAAAUUCCGUCAUACCUGGCCUAGACCGGUCGAUUAGAUGGGGGCACGAACGUGGGGGAAAUUGAAGGCAUGGGAAUGAAGUGAUGAUAAGAAAAGCAAGAGUCUAAUGGCACCGACAUUGCUUUACAUUUUACCUCUUCAUCUCGUCAUUUGUAAGGAAAGAAGGCUCAAUUUAUGAAUAUCUUUGAUAUUCUCCGUCAUUUGUAAAUUGCCCACAACCCUACUCAGUCUAGUCCCCUUAGUUUUUCUCCAGAUCUCCUUCAAGACUCUUCACAUCCAUAUAUCUGCAGCAUGCCCAUUGAUCCAGAUGCCUAUAUGGCGGGAGCCAUCCCCACACUCUCCCGGGGAGGCUCCUGGCUACAAGGAGAGAGGCAACUCAGAGACAGCACUUUGCCGCCUUCUCAUCUCCAUGAAGGGUCCAGGUACAGCUCUUCCCCUGGUUCAAAUUACAACCCGCAAAUCCCUCCUACCCCUGGACCUUCGCAGUUCGGAGGAAACCCUUUCAUCCUUCCCAGGUCUCCUUUCCAGCGGCCUCUCUCGAUUUCUGAUUGGGCCUUGCCAUCGAUUUAUAAUGGUGGACGCCCACCACCUAUGCCCAUGCUGUCGCAACUACAAACGGAUAUCUCUGGAGCUUCUUUUAUUCAGGGUCUAAAGUCGGAACAGGUAUUCGGCCCAGUACAACACCAUGCAUGGCUCAAAUCUAGCUCUGAAGCGGACCAGAAUUCGGUAACGUCUCGUUCCUUUGAUGUUCAAUCCUUAGUUUCGGGAGCACGUUCUGUGACAUCGUCGGUCUCUGUCCCUCAGAAUGUAAAAUCCAUUCGGAGGAUGCAAUAUAGUCAUCAUCAUUUCGAUGAACAUUCGUCUCCUGAGCAAGGAAGAUCAUGGGAAAACCGUGGCGGGUCCCCAAAACCCCUGGCACCAGAACCGGGUUAUGGCAUGAAGAAGAGCCCUUAUAUGAAGCUAGAUGGUCAUUUGAGAAGGACUUCUGAUGCUUCCAACCAGCCACCUCCGUAUAGGAAACUCUCAAGUCAGCAGAUUUUCCCCCCUGUUUCUAGUCACGAUGAUUACUUUUUGUCGUCGCCUACGAGCAGCCGACAUGAUGGGCAGCUAGCAAUUGCAAAACAUCGAUACCCGCACUCGCCCAAUUUCUUGUCUCCGAGACCCCGGCAUAAGAAGCUAGGGGACCAAGAUUUGUUCCGCUCUGCUCAGUUGAACAGUCGUACGGCUAGACUAAGUCUAGCUGGUCGUGAAUGCCGUACACCUGAUCCGGAACCUUCUCCUGAUCUAAGUGGCUAUACAAUUGCUCCCCACGCGGCUUUACGACCUUCAGGUGGUGAUGAUAAACGACCCAGUAUGGAAAGGAGACACACUGCAUCGCAUAUACCAGAGCCUACCCAUGCCUCAUCGUCCUUACCCAUCUCCCCUCCUAUCCACAAGACGCUCCAUCAGCUCAAACGUACACGCCAUAACUCGAGCUCUCGCGCCCUGUCAUUCGAAUCAUCAUCGUAUGACGAGCAAGCCACAUCUGGAUCUACGAUCGAUUUUACCAUGUCCUCGCCGAUGUCUUCUCGUUCCAGUGCAGGCAGCAACCAGUCAACUCCUGUUAAUAAACAGUUUCCACACCUAAAAGCAGAUAGUCCUCGUAAAAUUGCUCUCAAUUUCCCGGUCGUCCAUUCUGAAGAACGUAACUCGUCAGCUGAAUAUGUAUCGCCCCUUUUUGAUGAUCCAUACGACCGCUACGCCACACAUCCCAAUGCCCCUACACCGGACCGUAUCGAGAAACUCCUUUCUCUUUCUCCUUACCCAUCGCCUUCUACUUCAAAGCCCUCCUCCACCCCUCUCCGCCCACCUCAACCCAAAGCACCCAAAGACGGGCAUUAUACACCUCCUGGGUUUGCGAAACCUACCAAAAACUUAUCUUGGAAUAGGGAUGGACCGGCGAUGAGGACCUAUGGAAUUGCAUGGAAGAGAGAAGGGGAUCCGGAGAAAUUGCCAGAAGGGCCGGAAGGACCGAGAUUGGUACAGGCGAGGCCGCCGAGGGUUGAUCAUGUGCUAGGUGGGAGUUGGUGGGAAAGUGGUGGGGAGGAAAGUCGGAGGUGAUAAUUGAAUUGAUUUUUGUAUAGGAUAGCUAGAUGGAAG